UAAUAAUAUUGCUGCACUGCACUGCACUUAUUGAAUCAUCAUUUAUCGAGAGCACAGAUGUUGAAUUCGUCGGCCGCGCGUAAACUCUCUCCAACGCUUCGCUAACUUUGCAGAAAUUGUUGGUGCCGCCGCCAAGAAGCCCAGAACCAUGACAGCCAAUUCAAGCCAAAACGAUAUGAAGAACGCCUUUUCCAAUUACGCUACUUACCUUAAUAACCUGAAUGACAAGAGACAAAGAGUGGUAAAGGCCAGCCGGGAUAUUACUAUGAACAGUAAAAUCAUAUUUCAAGUGCACAGAAUCAGUAAGCACAAUAAAGAGGAAGUUUUACAGAAAGCAGAAAAUGAUCUAGCUGCUGUGAUGGAUCAAUAUAUAGCUCGUUUAGUAAAAGAGCUUGGAGGAACAGAUUUCUGGAAGUUAAGACGAGCCUAUUCUCCGGGGAUCCAGGAAUACGUUGAAGCUGCUACACUGUGUAGCUUUUGCAAAACUGGUGCUCUUUUGAAUCUUGAUGAGAUCAAUGCUUCCUUACGAACUCUAGGCGAUCCAUCUAAUGAGCCUUUGCAAAUUAAUGUGCUUGACUAUCUGUUGGGGCUUGCUGACUUAACUGGAGAGCUGAUGAGGAUGGCAAUGAGUAGGAUAUCAGACGGAGAACUUGAGUUUGCUGAAAAGAUUUGCAGGUUUGUGCGUGAAAUCUGUAAAGACCUAACACUUGUUGCCCCAAAGAUGGAUGACUCCUCAGAUAUGAAGCAAAAGAUGGAUGUAAUGCUCCAAAGUGUAAUGAAAAUAGAAAAUGCUUGCUAUAGCGUCCAUGUAAGAGGAUCAGAGUACAUUCCGUUCCUCGGAUCUGAAGAUACCAACUUUUCUAUGCUGGGAGUGCCCGAGAUUGAGUGACAUAGAUUCUGCGUACUGUCAAGUUACGAUCAUGGAUUUCAAAUUACCUUCUGCAUCUGCAGUAAACAAUGGGAGAAAAGCAGCAGGAUUUUCAGUAACUAACUAGUGAGUAUCCUCCGAUUAAUACUUUGUAGAUGUGCUGAGACAGAAUUGGCAGUAGGUUAUCUUAAUGGGCUCAGUUAUUUGAAUACAAACUAUGGUGUAAAAUUUGUGCUAAAAUUGCAUUGCACUUCGUCGAGUUAGGUUAAAUCUAACCCCCAUCUUUUGGAAUACAAGCCAUGUUUCUGAUUUCAAAA